CCUUGUUGCCAAUCACACUCUCAGCCUUUAUCAGGUAUAUCGGGGCGAAUCCAAGGUCGGAAGUCCCGCCAAUACUUGUUUCUAAAGUGGAAACCCUUCGAUCACGAAAGCCUUUGAAUCCUCUUCUUCGCGUCUCAAAUCACACAAACCGUUAGUUCGAUUUGGAGAUGGUUAGGGUUUGAUUAGGGGUUCAAAGGUGAUUUUUGAUGUAAAGGGAUGGAUUUGGGUGAUCUUAACAAAGUAUGGGAAGUCAGAGCCUUGAAGAGGAAACCAGCAGACGAGGAGGCCAGGAAGAUGUUAGAGAAAAUAGCCAAACAGGUCCAACCCAUUAUGCGUAAACACAAAUGGAGGGUCAAGCUUCUCUCCGAGUUUUGUCCAAACAAUCCAUCUCUGCUGGGGCUGAAUGUAGGGGGAGGUGUGGAAGUGAAGCUAAGACUUCGGAGGCCUAACAGGGAUUGGGAUUUCUUUCCUUAUGAUCAAGUUCUGGACACAAUGCUGCAUGAGCUUUGCCAUAAUGUGCAUGGACCUCAUAAUGCUCAGUUCUACAAGCUCUGGGAUGAACUCAGAAAGGAAUGUGAGGAGCUUAUUUCCAAGGGAGUGACUGGCACUGGAGAAGGGUUUGAUCUUCCAGGGAGGCGUUUGGGUGGGUUUUCUCGUCAACCUCCCCUUUCAUCCCUUCAUAGAACUGCACUCGCUGCUGCUGAGAAUAGAGCCCGUUUGGGUUCAUUAAUGCCAUCCGGACCUAGAAGGCUCGGAGGAGAUAGCACCAUUAAGGAUGUGCUCAGUCCAAUACAAGCAGCUGCAAUGGCUGCAGAGAGGAGAUUACAGGAUGAUAUCUGGUGUGGUUCUCACUCUUCUGAGGUUUCUGAGGAGGUAGAAAGUGUAUCUGAUAUCUCAGAAGAUGUCAUACAUGUGGGGCAACAUUCAGGAAGCUCAAGGCAACAUAGCAUUUCUAGUGCUAACGCUUUGGAUGCAACAUCUCAAAAAAGAAACCGUGAAUCUGAUUACAGGUCAUGUUCUAAAUCUUCUAGUGAUUGCAUGGGUUCUAAUUUCGUGGACCUGUCUGUGGAUGCUUCAAUAUCUGGAUCUUCUUUAGAUUAUGAAACAAAUGCUAAAAAAAGAAGCUGUAAAUCAUUAGGCACUUCAAUUUCAAAAUCAAAUAAUCAUCUGAAGCCUGGUUUUGUGGAUUUAUCCAGUGCCUUAUCUUCUGGGUCCAUUAAAAGUCCUGAUGCAACUCAAAAUCAAGAGAAAGCUGAUAUGUGGCAGUGUGCAGCAUGCACUCUACUGAAUCCUGCAUUAGCCCCAAUAUGCGAGCUGUGUGGCACACAGAAGCCCAAAGAGUUCUCUAUGAAGUACAAGACAUGGUCCUGCAAAUUCUGUACCUUGGAAAACAAUGUGAAGUUGGAUAAAUGCUCAGCGUGCGAUCAAUGGAGAUAUUCAUACGGGGCACCCAUUUCAACCCGAUCACCCAAUGUUGGCACAUGAGAGCUACAUUUCGGAUGUAUAAGAAUUUUCGGGCUUGCUAACGCUGGUUGCCACCGCCCAUCAUUUUCCAUAUAUAUCUAUAAGAACUCGAACUCUGCCAAGCGAUGGCAUUUUAUUGACUGCCAAAACUCUUUGGUAUUGUCAGCGUAACUGUAUCUUGCAUCUAAUCAGUAUAGUACAUGUUCAGUUGGCUAUAUUGGAAGGCCUGAAAGCAUCAUAUUCCUUCAUAUAUGGAUGGACUAUUGGACUUAAAGCCACUCUUAUGAAUUUGAAAGAUCA